ACCUCUAGGGGGCUGGAGUGGGCUGGCUCGCUUUAAUGACCACACAGGAGGGCUGCCAUAACGAUUACUCUAAUUAAUGAGGGCCUAGGGGUGGGAGGUCGGAAGUCCUUGGUGUCCCACACACACACCUCCCUCCCCAGGUGCUGCACCCCCAGCCCCAAAUUACUUCAGCUUCCUCCAGAUUCCCCCUCCAUCACUCAAGGCCCCUCGGUCCCCAUUGCUCACAUUCUCCCCGCUAAGCCUGCAAUAUCUCCAGGCCCCUCUCGCCCCCCCCAGGCCACCCAUUACCAGGCAACCCAGCGUCGUGCUCCCAGCCUGCCCUGCGGGCCCGUUGCCAUGGUAGAGGGGUGGGCGCCAUGGCCGCUGCUGCAGGCGGCGGUGUGGCCGCUACGGCCAGUGAGAGCAGCCUGCGGGCGCUGUACCGCUGGGUGGACGCUGUGCCGCUGUCCCGGCCGCGCAGGAACAUCGCCCGGGACUUCAGCGAUGGGGUGAUGGUGGCCGAGGUGGUGAAGUUCUUCUUCCCUGCCAUGGUGCAGCUGCACAGCUUCGUGCCCGCCAGCUCCACGCCGCAGAAGUUGGCCAACUGGGGCCACCUCAACAGAUCUGGGUUAUUUUCUAGGAAGGUUUUGAGCAAGCUGAACUUCUCCGUCCCCAAUGAGGUGAUCCGGCAGAUCGUGCAGUGCCGGCCAGGCGUGGUAGAGCAGGUGCUGCUGCUGCUGCGGCAGAAGAUCGAGGAGAAGCAGAAGCAGGUCAAGGCAGUGCCUGGCCCGGGUCAGGAGCUGGGCCUGCAGGCAGCACAGGAGAUCAGCUACCUGGAGACAGGCAAGGCCGGCUGCUCGAAGGCGAGGAGCACAGGAGGGGGCUGCACGCAGGAGACCCCCACGGCGGUUGGGGGGAACGAGAGCCGCCAGCACUGUGCCCCUGCUGCAGGGGGUGACACCGCUGCCAUCCGCCUGCAGCUGGCAGAGAGGGAGCAGGCGCUGCUCCUGGCGCAGGAGACGGUCCAGAUCCUACAGAUGAAGGUGCGAAGGCUGGAGCAGCUGCUGCGCCUCAAGGACAUGAGGAUCGACGACCUGAGCCGCUGCCUGCAGCAAGCCCGGCACCAGCAGCAGUGAGCACGGCCCGGCUUUGUCACCCUCCAUCCUGACGUGGAGCUGCGCGUUCAGCGCCUCCCGGCCGCCCCCGUCAGCUCUCUGUCAGCCCCCCCGUGAGGAGCACAGAGGCGGCACGGCGCCCUGCAGGGCCGCUCCGUAAUCCCCUCCCCGAGCUGUCGUUUAUAAUCUCCGAGGAAAUCCCAGCCCGCGUGCCCGGCUCUGGCAGUGGAACACGCGGCCCUGUGGGGUAAACAACCUUCA